GAAGAAGAGAUUGAGAAGCGCCCUCUGCAUUGAUCCACUUCCUCUUGACAUCAUAGUCGCUUCUUCAUUUCGAUAAGACAUCGCCUAGCAGAUAAACAUGUCGGGGCUUCUGAGGACCAUCGCUCGCCGCGCUGCUCCAGUCCUGCGGGGACACACCGUCACUCAGCGGGCUAACCUCUACGCCGCCCCGGCCAAGGAAAAGAUCGGCACAGUUGAAACUAUCAUUGGCUUGAGCUUGUUCUCCCUGGCCAUCCUGGGACCAUCUGGAUGGAUCCUGGCUCACUUGGAGGACUACAAGAACAAAGAGUAAAAGGGACCUUUAAGUCUAUCUGCCUCCAAGUCUCCCGUCUACAAUGACAACCUGGGACCAUCAUCUUGUUCCGCUGCAGAGAAGAAUAUGGAACAUGUUUUACCUUGACUCUUCUACCUCCAACAGCUCCGCUCCACAUCCCAGACAGAAACCAUCUGUUUCCCAACUCCGAUACAUUGAAAAGUGUACUGUGGUUCUUCUCUCUUAAACAAUGUUACAAGAUUAAAUGUUAAACACAAUUA